AUGUUAUAAUUUCAUGGCAUUAAGUUGAUACUAUUAGUAAUAGUAACAGCUGUAUAAAGUUAACUAGCUUUUGAAACUAAAGAAAUGCUACCAAUAAACAUAAAUAAUUAAAUUGGAAGUUAAUUAAUUCGAGAUGUAGUAACUGAAAAUAAAUUGUUGGAUAAUGUAAAUUAUAUAAGUGAUGAUAAGUAUAAAUGAUUUACUAAUCAGUCUAGAAAUGAAGCAAAUAACUUAUUUUUGAUUGAACCCUUUCAAAAAUCAUUAAAAGUCUUUUCAUAAUAAUCAUUAUUAAUAGAACAUGAACCAACAGAGGUUAUAGAGUAAUAUUCUCAAUAAAAGGAAUCUUAAGAUAUAAAUAAAGAGAAUUCUAAGAUUUCAAUUCAAGUUGAAAAGGAAAUCUCAAAAGAAACACAGAAUUUAAAUGAAAAAAAAUAAAAAGAAGAAAUUAUUUAUAAUAAAAAAAUACUUAAUUCAAUUAAAGAUGGUAAGAUACAAAAUAAGAUUUUAUAAUCAGAUUAAAAAAUUGAAAAUAAUAAUGAUAAUGAUAUAAUUAUUUAAGAUAUUAAAAUAGAAUAAUUACAUUAAGUAGUUAAAUCUAAAAAAGAAGACACAUAAUCUUAGAAUGAAGAUUUAAUUAUUAUUAAAAUAGAUGAAGAAAUUAAAACAACUCCAAGAAUUUUUGGAGUAAUGGAUAAUAAUAAUUAAAUUGAAUAGUAAGAAAUAGAUUUAAACAAUGAGAAAGAUUUAGAAGAAUCUGAAUAAAUUGAUUUAGAUGAAUUUAACACUAUUAAUUCUAAAAUAGAAACUAAACAAAAUUAAUAAUUGGAUAAAUAAAGUGUAAAUUAAGAAAAAGAUAUAACUUUAGAUGAAAAAGUAAAUAAAAAAUAAUUAUCUAAUGUGCUUAAAAACAAUAAGAAAUAGUAAAAUGAUAAGAAAAAUAAAUAAUAAAAUUUAAAAGUUAAAUCUACUAAAUCUAAAUAGGAUGGUAAUAUGGAUUCAAAAGAUUAAAAAUUAAUAGGAGAGUUAAUAAAAGUAUAAGCUGAAUCUGAUAAUGUAGAUCUAAAUAUAUUUGAAAAUGAAAAUUCAGAUUUGAUUCCAAUAAUAAUUGAAGAUUCACAAAUCCCUUAGAAAUCAAAUAUUUUAAAAGAUAAAUCAUAAAAAGUUAAAUAAAAUACUGAAAAAGAAAAGAAUAAUAAAUAAAAUGAUAUUGUUUAAGAUAAUUUGAAUAAGGAUAAAACAAAAGCUGAUAUUAAUGUUGAUGAAACAAAAUUUGAAGAAAUCUAAUCUGAAUUGGAUGAAUUAGCAAGAGAACUUGAUUAAUUGAGUUAGGAUUAAACAAAAAUAUAGAAUGAAUUGAAUUAGGAUUCAACGAAAAUUUAGAAUGUAAAUAAUGAUAGUAAAAAUUAAGAAGAAUAAGAUAGCAAUGAUACAUUGUAAUAUAUAACAAUAUCUACAAAUAAUGAUCCAGUUAUUUUCAAUUCUUUGGAAGAUGAUUAUUAUGUAGAUGAUUUAAAUAAUGAAUUAGAAUAAUAAACGUUGUAAUAGAUUCCAACUAUUAAUAUUGAAUCAAAAAAUGAAUAAGAAGAAGUUAAAGUUUUUAUUGUGAAUAAUCCUGAAUAAUUAGUUACUUAUAAGUAGAACAACAAUAAUGAAGAUCAAUUUUUAGAAGAUGAUAUAUAAUAAAAUGGAAUAGAUACAUAGAUCUAAGAGAAUGAUGUUAAUAUUUCUAUUGAUAAUAAUAAUGAUGAUUAGAAAUCUAAUGAUAAUCAAAUUUAAAAUAAUAAUAAAUAAUCUUUGAAUUAGGAUGAUGAUUAUUAAGGAAUAGAUGAAUUAUAAUCUGAAAAUUAGAAAUUUAAAUUUAAUAAUUAUGAGAAGGUUGAAAUAAAGAAAAAUUCUUAAAUUAAAAAAGAAAUUAGUGUUGAUGUAGAUAAUAAUAUAAAAAAUGAAAACAUUAAUAAUAAUGAAGUUUUUUUUACAAAUGAUGAAUUUUAAAGAAUAGCAUCUGAAUCUGAAGCAGAAAUAAUUGAAAAUUUAGAAGAUCUUUAAGAAGAAAUGUAAGCUGUUUAUUAAAGAUAGAUUAAGUCUGAUUAAUUUGAAAGUAUUAAGAAUAAUCAAUAUGAAAAUAAUAUUAAAAAAUAUUAAUAAAAAAUAGAUGAGAAUAAAAAAUAAAUUUAAUUGGAAUAGGAUUAUUUAGAUUAGAUUAGAAAUACUUAAAUAAGGGAUUAAAAUUAAAAGAUGAAAGAUGAUGAAUUUAAUAAGAUGAUUAAUGAUUUAAUAAAUGAAUUUGAUUAUAAAAAUUAAAGAGAAAGAGAUAUAAUAAAUUAUGAGAGAUAGAUUACUUAACAUAUAAUUGAUAAUAUUGAAGAAUUAAGAUAUGCAGAGAAGAUAUUAUAAAAUGAUUAUAAUGAAUUAAGUGAAGAAGAAGAACUUUUUGAAAAUUAAGAAUAUGAAUAAUAUAAUGAUUAGAGAUAUUAGGAAGCUUAGACAUAAUUAAGAAGAUAAGAAUUUUAAAAAUAAUGUGAUGAUGAUGAUUAACCAAGUAAUUAAAGUAAUUAAAAUAAUGAAAGUAAUUAAAAUUAAGCAAUUAGUGAAUAUGAAGAGGAAAUAGAAAAGAGAAAGAAAGAAGUGAUUGAAAAAAUUAAGAAAGAAUUAAUGUUAAAAAAGGAAAGACUCAAAAAUAAUAAUAAUAAUAAUAAAAAAACUGAUAAUUUAUCCUCUUAUGAGUUUGAGAGAAUUUAUUUGGAUUGGGCUACAGAUAAAGAAGAUAUAAUUUCUAAUAUCUUAUUACAUUCAGGUAAUUCAGAUAUUGAAUAAAUGACUACAAAUCAUAUUUAAGAGAAUCUAGUCUAAAAAAUAUCUAAGAAAUAAGAAGUGGAAGAAGAAAUAAAAAAAUUAUAUUAAAAUUAUAAUAAGAAUGGUUAACACUUAAGAGGAUAAAGAUGA